CCCGGCCGCCGGCUCGGCCCCUCGCCGCUCAUUUCGCCCCCAGCGCCGCUCCCCUCACAGCUACGCCCGCUCCCCGCGGGGCGCCCGCCCCUCACCUGCAACUUCGGCGCCUCGCGGCUGGCGCGAAAACUUGGCUGUGGCGCUGAGGAGGACGCGGAGAGGCGCCCGGCGGAGAUGCGGGGAGGAGGCUCCUACGGGGCAGCCAGACAGACAGACCCGCCGGGCCCAAUCGCAGCCCGGCACUUCUCCCUCCGUCCAAUCCUCGGCUUCAGGAGGCGGCGGCGAAGGCGAGGCUGGGCUGUGAGCGGCGUUCAUCUCCACGCCAACGUGCAAACAUCCACCUGGGGAGCGGACCCGGUGCAUGCCGCGGCGAGGCGAGGGGGGGAGCAAAGAAGGAAGGCUAAUGUCCUUUCACCUCCUGCAAACAUCGUAGGCUUUGAGUGCAGCUUAUGGAAGAGCACUGUGGCUUUUCUAGCUUCGGGAAGGAAACCCUCCCGUUUCCUGCCUGUUGGGGCUCGAUCUGUUGCAAGGCGAAUUGCAAUGGUAUUGCGGCCUCCCCUUAGCGAGGGUUGGUACCUUCCCAACAGAUGCAAGCCGAUACUCUAAUGAGAAGGCAGCAAAGGAUGCUCCAAGAAGGUUAAGGCUGGGGAGGGAUGCUGGCGUAGUCUGAGGCGGCCACAGGUAGAAGUGCAAAACCGUGUGCACUUGUGGAAGGAUGCAGGCGCUUUAUUCUCUCGCAUGUGCACAAACAGCAACAAAUCCAAACGCCGUUGCACCUUAAAUGUGAACAUCUUUGCUUUUGUCUCAAAAGUUUAUUAUUUCUUGCUGGGAAUGACCAGAGAUCACACACUGACAACCUUCCCCAACGUGGUGCCCUCCAUCUGUUUUUGGUCUACAAACCCUAUUGUCCCUGUGCAUUGGCUAUCUUGCCCCUCCAAAACACCUCGAGGGCAACAAACAACUUGCCCUUCCAAAACACCUUGGAGAAGGCUGUCAUAGAAUCAUGAAAUUGUGGAGUUGGAAGGUAUCCCCAGGGGUCAUCUAGUCCAACCCCCUGCAAUGCAGGAAUCUCAACUUAAGCAUCCAUGACAGAUGGCCAUCCAACCUAUGCUUUUAAAAACCUCCAAUGUCUACUCAGCCAAACUAGCAAUUCAAGAUUGUUGCCCAAUCUGCAAAUCAGGAGUGGGGGCAGGUUCUCAAACUUUGCACUUCUGGGUUUGUUUGUUUGUUUGUUAGAUUCAGUUUCCUCUAGGUGUUCUUAUAGUGUUAUGGUGUUCAUAUACUGAAGAUGUGUCCAAAUAUGCUCACUUGUUGCAAGGUUUUCCUUUUAUAUUGCUCACAAUAUAACAAUAUCACAAUUUAAAGCCUGUUUUCUUUGCCUCUGACAGUUCACAAAGACAGACAAUAAGAGCUUGGGAGAACUCAAACAUUUGCAUGCUGUUUUGGGAUAUUUUACCAGGUUAGGUUAUAUCCUGUCUUUAUUGAGCACCCCUCCUGAUCUUCUUCUUAAUCAUUCAUUAAUCCCACAAUCUUCAGUGCAUUUCCCCAUCACUUUCCUAACUUCUAAAUGUUGGUUUCUUCUCUCUCUCUUUUUUUUAAAGUGAAUUUGUUGCACUAGACUAGAAUAACCACCCAAUAGAAAUGGUUCAGUUUGUUUUGAGUGACACAGCACAAAGAAUGGCCCUCUGUGCACUAGCUGGGAAGGGGAGAAUGGAAACAGAAAAAGGAGUUAGACAAAAUCACUAUAAAUUGUUGUGGGGGUUUGGAGGUUUAAUCUGAAAUCAAGAUGGAUUUGGGUUUGUUGGUGUCUCUGGUCACUUCUCUCUC